AUGCAGGUCUUUUGGCUUCUUCCCAUUGUACACUUGGGCAUAUGCGCCGCCCAGCAACCUGGAGCGCAACCUUUAGUACCACCUUCAGCACCGAGUUCAGCUGCAGGAUCAGCAUCGGCUCCAUCACAGCCGCAACUGCAGGGUGGACAAGUUGCAGCCCCACCGAUGGCACCCGCGCAAGAACUUGGCGCAGAACCCUCAGAUGUAUCUGUGGCUGUUAGUGAAUUGGCUGCUAUUAUAACCCCUGUCAACAGUCCCGCAAGCGACGAAUUAUGCAGGGAUCACGUGAAAGCGGUGCAUACGAUUCGUGUUCAGUCACUGCUGAUGCAUUUCAAUCUGAAGCAUACCCUGAUUAACAAUUUGAGAAGUGACAUUGGUGACGGAUUUUACUACCCAUUUAGAAGCAGCCUUGAAGCAGCCACAACGGGGGCGAUAAGCAAAGAAAUGACAGACUUCGACACCAAGGAAAAAGCAUUCUCCGCAGGGCUUACGGAGUUAAAUGGUACACCUUUCUACGCAAGUGCAGGAACGUUAUUUGCGGCUUUGACGGCUGCUAAUACCUCGUUGGACAGCACGCAUAUCAACCACCUGCUCCAUAUAAAGCAAGCCUGGGGAAAAGAGGAAGCGUAUGGCAGCAUUAUGAUGCUAAUGCAAUUUGACCUUAAACUGUAUGCUGGGAAGCUUGAAUUGGUUUACAGAACUUUGUCAGACCAUGUUAAACUUGUUACGGACCCCACUGACAGUGACGCAGACCGUACAAGCAUAUUGGAUGCGUAUACUUCAAUCCGCAGUGCCUUCAGCUAUGUGUCAAACGUUCGCCGUGAUGUCCAUAUGCUGUCGUUGUCAUUUGUGAAAUAUCUCGAAGCUAAGAAGAUGCACGAAUCUGCAUUUGCCGCUGCCAAAAAGAUUGUUGGAACUAUCAACACAGUUUGUUCAGGAAACAUGCCUACGGAGCGUUCCGAUGCCAAUAUCGUGCUUGGGGACGUUACAAUUGCCAAAGACACACAGGAUUACGUACGGUUGGUGCCUAAGCGCGCAAUUGGUGAUGCUACUACGGUGCAGAGCUGGUUGAAGACUGCCGCGUUCUUCCGCUACAUGUAUGCGCUGGCCCUCACAAGGAUGUCCAAAGCCUGCCAUACUCUAGUGGCAUAUUUAGUCACCAAAGCGCCCUCUUCCAAUACAGAAGAAUUUACCAACAUGUACAACGCCCUUCAUAGAGACAUUUCGGCCUACAUCACCGCCAUGUCCGCGUAUGUCGCUGACGUGUCUAACGCUCAGUUGGGCACCGACCACGAUACCGCUGCGGCAGCCAUGGUCAAAUCAGCCGAAACCCUGGUAAACCAGUACACGGAAACCGUCAAAACACUCGUCUCUGCCUUGGAAGAUACCGAUAAGGCUGCCGGUGAGGGUGAAGUAAUACGUGCGGACACUGAGAUCAUGCGUAUUGCAGUAACGUUCCUUGGGCGCAUGGUGCGCCUGUACAAAAUGGAUAUGAUCGAUGAUCCCAUGGCACCCGUACCUGCACCCUACGCAAAUACAAUCUCCAUGUUGGACACAAGCACCGCAAUGGCGGAUGGCACCAAAAAGUUCCUCGGUGCACGCGUUGCCACACCCGAUGCGAUGAAAUCAGCGAUUCGCAGACUUACGUCUCUAAAUGAAACGGCAAAGGAUGCAUUUGACACAACGAUGUCGUCCAACGAAUCUUUCCGGACAUUUUAUCCAUCAAAUGUGGACGAUGUUGAGCGCCACAUGAAGAUUUUCAAGGACCUGCAAAGCAUUGCUGAUGCACAAGUCUUUUUCAUGCUUAACCCUGAAGACAAAGAAAACAGUGGUAAGAAGAGUUCCGAUUUUGUCAUACCUACUGCCUUUCUUGCCGCAGCUUCCGCCCUGAUGAUGCUCUAA